AUGAAUGCAGCUCAACCGGGCGCGGCUGCUCGGCCCUGCUGCUCCCGCAGCAUCUGCAACCCCAGGCAGUCAAAAGAAAAGGAGAAAAAAGAAGCCGCCCAGAAGACAGCGGCGGCUUUCGCCCAGCUCCUCCUGUGGAGCGUGGACUUCUCCAGGAACCGCAAGGGCCUCUCCUUGGCGGCCAUCGAGAAGGAGCGGAUACAAAUUAUGGAGAAAACAGGAAGAAGAAACAAAACACCCAUCGUGGAACUGAUCCUCUUAGGGUUUGGGAAUGGCCCUGAACUGCAGCCCCUCCUCUUCCUGCUGUUUCUCAUGAUCUACAUUGUGGCUGUGGCUGCAAACCUCCUCAUCGUUGUGCUAGUGGUGGCUGAUGUGCACCUGCACACCCCCAUGUACUACUUUGUGGCCAAUUUGUCCACUGUGGAGAUCUGCUACGUCUCCACCACCCUGCCCAGGCUGAUUGGCAGUCUCGCGACCGGGGAUAGAAAUAUUUCUCUGCAGAAUUGCUUUGUGCAAUUUGAUUUCUAUAUUAUCUUUGCCAAUGCAGAAAGUCUGCUGCUCACGGCCAUGUGUAUUGAUCGGUACCUAGCGAUCUGUCACCCGCUCCGUUACCCUGCUCUGAUGAACGGCAGAGUCUGUUGCCACAUGGUGGCAUCGGCCUGGAUAUUUGGCAUUUCCUACACCAUCAUGCUACAAAUUUUCUUUCUGCAAUUAACAUACUGUGGCCCCAAAGAAAUUGACCUUCUCUUCUGUGAUUUUGGAAGUGUUAAUGGUCCGUUUUGUGGUGCCUUCACCAAGACUAUACAACUAUUGACAUUUGCUUUCAGUAUCAUAUUGAAUGUUGGGAUCUUUCUACUCACCCUGACGUCCUACAUUUCUAUCAUCAUCAAUAUCCUGAGGAUCCCUUCCAGUACUGGGAGACAAAAGACCUUUUCCACCUGCUCCUCCCACCUCAUUGUGGUGUCCGUUUUCUAUGUGAGCGUAUUAACAGUCUAUGCAGUUUCAGCAAUCAAUCCUCUCCCGAUCUUCCACAAAAUAAUGUCUGUCUGGUUCCUAGUCCUGGUCCCCUUGCUCAACCCCGUCCUCUACUGCCUGAGAAACAAGGAGGUCCAGCAGUCCCUGAGAAAAGCUCUUCUGACAUUGGCUGCUUUCAGACACAGGCAUGGAGUGUGA